CCCAGUUAUCUACUAUCAUCAUGAGUAGCCAGAAAGGGAAGAGUGGCGAGUCGUCGAAGCAGGAGCCAUCCGCAGCCAAGAAAUCGAGAGCUACAGGCCUCCAACCUCAACGCGAACUACCCUUCCCACGGGAGAUCAACAAUCAGAUAUUCGAAUACCUCAAAGAGGACCGAUUUAUCCAGGUCAUCCCCGGCGACCAUUCGGGUGUAGGGGCUGAGGGCCCAGAAUGCUGCCUGACAUUUCUGGCCGAAGAUAAUUCCGGUCUGGCCUCUGUGAUGGCCGUAAACAAGGAUAUGGCUUCCGAAGCCCAGUCGAUUCUCUCGAAUUGCAAAUACCCGCCGCGCGUCAUCGUAUCGCCCGUGAGUCAAGCCGCUAAGCAAUCCACUAGCACGUUCCGCCAGGACGACUUUCACGUCAUGGAAUGUCUGAGGUAUUCCAUGGUAGACUUGAUUGAUCUCAUGAUGCUCAUUGAAAGCUCCGGGAAAGAAGACGUCACUCUCAAGACGAUCCAACAAGUAUAUGAGGCGGAAAUGCGCGAGGCAGAAAUAUCUGCGCAGCCGGACGCUGGCACCGAAAGCGAAAGUUCCACGGAAUUGGAAUGGUGGCUCAGAGAUUCUGAGGGAGAUAAAAAUCGUCUCAUCGCAAACAAUUUACUCCGGUGGCAUUAUUAUUUGCGAGGAGUGCGGGAGCAACAGAGCACGGACAGCGACAUUGUGGUCUUUGAGAUCUGUGCAACCACGAUCGAACUCGCAUUGCGAAUAAUGAUUGACUAUUCGUUCCGCGACGCAAAGGGGUGGCCAGCCGCAAUGAAUUUACUGAGCGACGCUUUGCCUAGUGGGGAGCCGGUGGUGAAGGUCUGGCUCAGAGAGCCAUCUGAUGAGGAGAUUCGUGCCCACAAACCAGCUUUCGACACCCUGAAUAAACCGGAAUACAAAACUCUCAAUCCAAUGACCCGCCUGGUCUUUGAGGGAACUGUUGGAAAGAAGGAAUGGGACAAAAAAUGGGCAUUAGGGGGCGUCGAGGAAAUGAUUUAA